UUGGUUUUUUUUUCCAGCUUUACUAUGGUUUUCGAAGAACUUUUGUGAUGUGCUCUAAAUGGACAGUCUCAUCUGAGCAAGGAAUUGAUAAGCAUUUGCCCUUACUCAAAAUGUGCAAAGAAGAAUAAUGGAAGCCCCUGAAUACCUUGAUUUGGAUGAAAUCGACUUCAGUGAUGACGUUUCUUAUUCCAUCACAUCACUCAAGACCAUCCCAGAACUGUGCCGAAGAUGUGACCCACAAAGCGAAGACAGACCAGUUUCUAGCUCUAGCUGGAAUUGUGGUGGCUCCACUCUCAUUGCCAACACACAGAAGCCCACGGGAAUUGCAGAUGUGUACAGCAAGUUCCGUCCGGUGAAGCGGGUGUCUCCACUGAAGCAUCAGCCAGAGACCCUGGAGAGCAUUGAAAACGAUGACCAGAAGAAGCAGAAGGCGGACUACCAGAAAGGGGGUGAAUCUGAGCCGGCCCCCCUGCCUGAGGCACCCCGCCCUGGAGAUGGAGAAGUUGGGGCUCCAGGGAAGGGCACGGAGCCCAGCACAUUGCUGGGUGAACUGGAGCAUUAUGACCUGGACAUGGAUGAGAUUCUGGAUGUGCCUUACAUUAAAUCCAGUCAGCAGCUUGCCUCUUUUACCAAGGUCCCUUCAGAGAAAAGGGUUCUGGGCUUAUGCACAACUCUCAACGGCCUUUCUGGAAAAGCCUAUCCUUCAGGAAAUGCUGAGAACCCACUGUGCAACCAGACGCCAUUUUGUGUUCUUUCUCCAGUGAAAAGCCCUCACUUGAGAAAGGCCUCCUCUCUCCUGCCGGACAAGCACAGGCUGUCCACCGAAGAGCUGCAGAGCUCGCCCCCUCUGGUUCAAGGCAGCUCCACCUACGAGCCUGAAAGCCAGAGCAAGGACUUCCUACACAGUCCCUUUAGCGAACCUCAUAACCGAAACGUCGAGAAGGCAAAGCCAGACUGCCAGCACAGGGCCUUCCAUCUGCAGGCUUCGGCUGCAGAAUCCAAACCAGAAGAGCAGAUCGGUGGCUUGAGCUGGACUUGCCCCCAAGGCCCAGAAGAAAGGAGUGAAUAUGCCAAAAAGGCAAAAAGCAUCUUGAACAUUGUGAAGGAAGGACAAAUCUCUCUCCUGCCACAUUUAGCUGCUGACCAUCUGGACAAAAUCCACGACGACAGGGGAAACAAUCUGCUGCACAUUGCCGCAUCCCAGGGCCACGCCGAAUGUCUGCAGCACCUCACUUCUCUGAUGGGAGAAGACUGCCUCAGUGAGCGAAAUGCCGAGCAGCUGACUCCAGCUGGCCUGGCCAUCAAGAAUGGUCAGUUGGAGUGUGUCCGCUGGAUGGUGAGUGAAACAGAAGCCAUUGCGGAACUGAGCUGCUCCAAGGACUUCCCGAGCCUUGUUCAUUAUGCAGGUUGCUAUGGCCAGACCUUGGUUGAAUAUGGAGCAAACGUCACCAUGCAGAACCACGCCGGGGAAAAGCCCUCCCAGAGUGCUGAGCGGCAUGGCCACACCCUGUGCUCCCGAUACCUGGUAGUGGUGGAGACCUGCAUGUCCCUGGCCUCUCAGGUGGUUAAAUUAACCAAGCAGCUGAAGGAACAGACAGUAGAACGUGUCACACUGCACAACCAACUCCAACAGCUUCUAGAAGCCCAGCGGUCAGAGGGCAAGUCACUCCCUUCUUCUCCCAGUUCUCCGUCUUCACCAGCCUCCAGAACUUCCCAGUGGAAACCUCCCGACGCGGACGAUGAAACCAUAGCCAGAAGCCUCCCAGGAGUGCAGGAGGGGAUUCAGAUUCUGGGAAGCCUUUCGGCGUCCAGCCGAGCUAGGACCAAGGCUAAAGAUGAGGAUUCUGAUAAAAUCCUGCGCCAGUUAUUGGGAAAAGAAAUCUCAGAGAAUGUCUGUACCCAAGAAAAGCUGUCCUUGAAAUUCCAGGACGCUCAGGCAUGCUCUAGAAAUGCCAAAAAGACUCCCCCCGAGAAGAGAGAACUGAAGUUAGCCAGGCUGCGGCAGUUAAUGCAGAGGUCGCUCAGCGAGUCUGACACGGACUCGAACCAUUCUGAGGACCCCAAGACCACACCUGUGAGAAAGGUUGACAGGCCCCGGCCGCAGCCCCUUGUGGAGAGUGUGGACGGUGCAGAAAGCUUACACCUGAUGAUCAAAAAGCACACCUUGGCUUCAGGACGCAGGUUUCCUUUCAGCAUCAAGACUUCCAAAUCUCUGGAUGGCCAUAGCCCUUCUCCCACCUCAGAGAGCAGUGAGCCAGACUUGGAAACCCAAUACCCAGGCUCUGGGAAUACUGAUCCAAACCAGUCGCUUGGAGACCCCACCCAGCCCAGCUCUGACAGCACAGCUGCACAGAAAGCUGCCCCAAGCCCCAAGAGCGCCCUCAAGUCUCCAUCUUCCAAGCGCCGCACAUCUCAGAACUUGAAACUCAGAGUUACCUUUGAGGAGCCUGUGGUGCAGAUGGAGCAACCCAACCUUGAACUUCAUGGGGAAAAGGACAAAGACAGGGGCAGGACGCCCCAGCGGACCUCCACCAACAGUGAAUCGGGGGAUCGAUUGAAAAGGCCUUUUGGGACCUUCCGAUCCAUCAUGGAAACACUCAGUGGCAACCAGAACAAUAACAACAACUAUCAGGCGCUCAGCCAGCUGAAGCUCUCCACGCCGCCCUUGACCUCACUUGGAAAGAAGACAGCAGAUGCCAAGGGAGGUUCCCUGAGCUUGUCUAGCAAAGGAAAGAAUAAGGCAGCAUAACGACAUCAAUAGAAAAGCGAAGAAGUCCUGCAGCGCGAAGCCUAUUGCUGAGCCAGAAGCAGAGGGAUCUUCUUGUAAAUGAUUGUCUAUUAUCUUUCACUGCUGCCCUUUGGAGCUUAGCGGGAGUGUCUUGGACUGCAGUUCAUGAAAAAGAACCAUGGGAACAAAGCCUCACCAGCAGAAGAGGAGAAUAUCAGGAUGCCUUAAAUUUAGCAUAGUAGACAAUGUUAAAAACCACAUUUUCGGUGAUACCAGUGUAUAUAACUUGUUUUUAAAAGAGAUGUUGUUUGAAAGCAUGAUUGGACAAAUAUAUGUUUUUAAAGAUUUCACUAUACAGCUGACUCACAGAACGUUCACAACCACUAAUGCCCAUUUGUAUUUUAUCAGUUGCAUGAGUAUUGUCGAAUAUUGGUUGAACUUCCCUUUCCCCAAAAUAUUGGCAAUUUUGGCGAUGUUCCUCAAUGAGACCAAGUCAGUGAUGUUGUUUUCUGUCAAGAGUGUUUUUUCUGUCAUUUCUACUUUUUGUAUAAAGGAAAUAAAACAGUGUUAACAGCUACCUAUAAUCUUGAGGCACCUACUUUCUAAUAAAUUUGUGUUCUGAUUUCUAA